GGGAUGGGGGCGGGGCCCGGGGAGGGGGCGGGGCGGUUGGUCCUUGGAUACGGCGCUGUUUUUCUUGGUUACGGGACCUGCGCGCCGCCGGUCUUGGAGCCGGCCAAGGCCCCGUCCGCUCCUGUCCGGUCCGAUCCAUCCUGUGUGCGGUUCCCCCACCUGCAGCCUUUUGGGGGGAGGGGGUCCCGAGGUCCCCAUCUCGGUUUCUGACUCCUGGCGACCCCCCCCCCAACCGGCCUCUGUCCCCACGGGCCUCAGUUUCCCUACUCCAGCGGGGAGCGAGAAGCCCCCCAAGUCCCCCAGGCAGGCAGGGUUUGAGGGCGGGGUUGGGGGCCCUGGGGUGGGGGUGGUCCUGCAGGACCGUCCGGCCAUGCGGGCCACCCCCCGGCCCAGCCCCUCCGUGUGGGAGCUGGUGGAGGACCACGUACCGACCUCCGAGAGGCUCGAAGUGAAGCGGAUCCUGGGAGAAGCUGCCGUGGACCUGAGCCUGGAGCUGAGGGCGGAGGUGAAAACGCUGCUGGAGCUGUUGGAGGAGGUGCGCUCGGCCCAGCCGGCCCACCCCCAGCCCCCCUGCACCCUUCUGGCCCCCGCACCUCUGGUCAGGGAUAUUGUGAAGCAAGAGCUGUUUCUGCUGCUGGAGAGUCUCCGCCGCAAAGCCACCCAGGAGGGCAGAGACGGGGCGGAGGUCCUGGCCCAGUACAGCCCGCGGGUGGUGCGCUUUGCCCUAGGGCUUGGCCCUGAAGCUGAUGCCAAGGGUGAUGACGGGAAACCGGAGAUGCCCGCUCUGCAGAAUGCAGCCAAUGGCAACGAGCUCAGGACUUGGGACCUCGAUUCCAUCAAGGAUAAGCUCAACGUGUCUGGCAUUGACCAGGUCGUGCAACAUUUGCGAGGUCUCUUGGAGACGGAGUGCCAGGCCCUUGAACGAGACAUCUCUGUCCUGCAGUGCUGCUUGGAAGAGGUUCACAACUGGCCCCCAGAGACCCCAACCGUGGCUCCUGAGCCCACCUUAGCAGAGCUGAAAGUGGAGAAGAGAGCCAUGGAACGGGCCCUGCAUGGUAUGACCCAUCCCUCAGCCCUCCAGGAGAUGCAGCCCCCUGCCACCUGGGAGCUGUGGGGCAGGCCUGAGGCAUCCGGGAGUGAUGCUGGUGCAGGAGAAACCCCUCAGGGUCCCCACCGCAGACCCAGGGGCCAGGGAUCUGCCCCUCCGCUACCCACUUGCUUAGCCAGCACCCUCGGGCUCCUCCUCCAGCCCCUAGGGCCAUUCCCGAUGGCCCCCUGCCCCCCCAAGGGCCCCUCCCCACAUCCCCCGGCUUUACAUUUCCGGUCCAGACUGCCCCCCCAGUCAGGCCCCCGCCCCUUGCCCGGCCAACCCUGCAACUGGGGGCGAUGGGGGCGGCGGCUGCAGCUGCGUAAUGUAGGGGACGGGCUGUCUCCGCUGGCUAGUGCUGUGCCCCUGGCUCCAUCCUGAAAGGCGAAAGACUCAGACCUUCCACCUGCAGCCAGGACUCGGGCCUCGGACUCCAGCUGAGCUGACCUGGGGGGUGGGGGGCGGAGGGGAGGCAGCUUCCCAGUGGAGUGGGCCUGGCCUGUCCGACCUGGUGAGUGGGAUCACGGGAAGGCGGCCAGGGACGGCCAUUUCCACGGAAUAAAGCCCCAAGGGAUCUUCCCUCCAC